CCUGAUCUGUCAACCUUGAACUAUCAAAUCCAAUAUCGUUUCUUUGAUUGGAACAGGCAACCACUGUUGUGAUCGUUACUAAAUACACCGUACUUUUGCGCGUAGCGUGCAUACGGAAGAAUAAUAUGCCGAUGGGCAUGGAAUUCAUAGCAAACUGACGUCGGCUGGUGGCAGCUAGGUAGUGCUUCUCGUUAAAAGGGACAGCCGCCACAUGAACAUUACUCUCAGGCACACAUGAACUCGGUGACAGUAUUGCUCUACCAGAGAAGCCCGGAAGUUAAAUGUCGACCAAAUUGCGUGAUCGUCUCCCGAAACUUCCUCGGCAACAUUGAACCUUUUGCACGCCAGCUACUCACAGUCAGCAGUCAAUGAGGACGUGCGUGUUUUUGAUGAUAUAUGAGACCAGACCGUCAGGUCCGGCCUAUUAUAUUGAGCGCAUAAAGGUCUAACCAUGUCCAUAUAAUCCGUGCAGGUCCAACCAGAAUGCCAAGACAUAUCACCAGAAAAAUUUCACCAGUUUUUUCUGUUCUUUUUCCUUUUUUUGUUUGUUGUCAUGUCGAGUCGUCCCCAUGUCUGGAAGCAUUGAAAUGUCGCCAAGACAUACAUGACCGUCAGUCACCCCAUCCGUAUUCCUUUCGUCAAAGGUCUUCUAGGGAGGAAGACAUCCGGAGACAUUUGAGCCGUGCCACCUACGCAAGCCAUGACCUAGUAGCUAUGCCGAACCAAACUCUACCAGAUGUUGGAUCUCUCAAUUGAGCCAAACCAUUCCAUGCCGCCGCCACCAGGCUUGAUGCUUUCCAUUUCUCUAGUAGUCCGAAAUCCAGGUGUCAAGGUACCAACUCCAAUCACGUGUCGAACCCCGAAAAAAGCAUCGCCGUCGACAAG